GACAGUUAAUAAAUCUCUCAUUUCAGCGCAGUAGCUGUUAAAUGUAAUAAAUAUUUACUUUUUAAAUUGUAAAUAUAUAAAAGCUCACUGGAUUCUUUUUUAAAGUUAAAGCAUUGAGGACAUCAAAUCGGAAAGGUUAGUUUAUAUAAAUUUUGUAGUCAAAUAAUUUUGUAACGCAUAAGGUGUGUGAAAAAUAGUACAAAAGUAAAACAAAACGAAAGUUUUCAUCUGGUGCCUUGCAAUAACUGGGAAUAUAUUUUUAAAAGACGUAUUCAAUAAAAGGUUACCCGUCGACAUUGUUUAAGAGUGAAGAAAAUUAGAGCUACAGGUACCCACAGAGAAUCUGUCCUUCGCAACUUUUUGUGAGAAAAUCUGAGCGCGUCUACAACUUCCACACCUUUCGGUAAUCUGUCAACCACAUUCUUCUCGUAGAAAGUUCAGGUCAGUGUCUUCGACCAGAUGACGAAUAAGGUCACCGUAAAACCUGUCAUUUUUACUGAUUCUGACGAAGAAAGCACUAGUUGUAUCGAGACUUUCAGGAUGAAGACCAGCAUAGACGAUGUCCGUUCGUUGCAGUUUUGGCGGGCUUUGGCAGCCGAAUUUAUCGGGACAUUUAUACUUGUAAUAGUAUCACUGGGUUCAACGGUACAAGGAUGGAAUUCAGGCAUAGACGAUGCCCUUGAUGUUGUUCAGAUAGCUCUCACCUUUGGUUUAGCCGUAUCCACAUCGGUUUGGAUAGUUGGACAUUUGAGUGGGGGCCAUAUUAAUCCAGCCGUGACAAUAGCCAUGUUAGUUACACGUCGUAUUAGUUUGAUCCGUGCAAUCAUGUACAUGAUUUGUCAGUGUGUUGGGUCAAUAGCCGCAGCGGGGUUACUAAAGGCGCUAACACCUCCAGGUCUUCGAGGCGGUCUAGGAACUACAACUUUAAAUGCGGGAGUUUCUCCAGCAAUGGGUUUUGGUAUAGAAUUGUGUAUAACAAUGUUCCUGGUACUGACAGUGUUUGCAACAUGUGACAGCAAAAGAACAGACCACGCCGGCAGCUUUCCACUCCAAAUUGGAUUGUCGGUGACCAUGGGGCAUCUCUGGGCGGUUGAGUUUUGUGGCUCUAGCAUGAACCCCGCAAGAAGUCUAGGACCAGCCGUUGUUAUGAACAUUUGGAGCGAUCACUGGAUCUAUUGGGUCGGGCCAAUGACGGGCGGUGUGAUUGCCGGACUGAUGUAUGACAACCUGCUGGCAUCGAACUCGUCGGUGAGGAAGGCUCGAGAUUUUAUGCUGUCGGCACAAUUUGACGACGAGAAAUACCCGGCGAGGAAAACUAAGAUUCAAGUUCUUGAUGAUGAAUCGGAGAGUCAGGCGAUGACUCAGAACGUAUGAAAGAAGAUCUGUAGAUCAGUGUAUUAAAAGUUUCGCUUUAAGUUUGCUGUACUUUUAAACUAUUUUGCUUUACCAAAGUUGUUCAGAAUCGAAGAGAACUUUAUAAUCAAUUUACAAGAAUUUAUACAAACAUUAUGUAAAUUAAUUCUUGCUACAUAUAGAUAUGUAUCAAUAAAUGCAUCAUAUUCACAUUAAACUUUGUACAGUAUGUUAUUUAGGUAUAGAUACAUUAUAUAAUACAAUGUAUAUGAAAUAUACUCAGAUUUUGAUUAUAGAUAUAGUACCUUUUUUCAAAGAGGCUUAAAAAGGAGACGAGAUGAACUAAUAUGGAACGUUGAUAUGAGAUUAGAUUAUUGUGUGUGACGAAAUAUAUAUUAUAUGAGCCGCGUCACGACAAAACCAACGUAAUGCGUUUGCGACCAGCAUGGAUUCAGACCAGCCUGCGCAUCCGCGAAGUCUGAUCAGGAUCCAUGCUGUUCGCUAUCAGUUUCUCUAUACUUGUAAUAGUGUUUGUAAGCGAACAGCAUGGAUCCUGAUCAGACUGCGCAGAUGCGCAGGCUGGUCUGGAUCCAUGCUGGUCGCAAACGCAUUACGUUGGUUUUGUCAUGACGCGGCUCAUAUGUUAUUUUUCGACAUCGCAUCUAUGUGUUCAUGGAAGUUAUCAAUUGUAUAAAAUGUGUUUUUGAUGUAAAUCAGUAGCAAUAUGUAUUUAGUGAGUAGAAUAUUCUGACAGUUGUUGUGUUUGUGUACAGCUCUUGCUAGAUUUUUAGCUCACUUGUCACUUUGUGACAGGGUGAGCUUUUGUGAUCGCUUUUCGUCCGGCGUCCGUCCGGCGUCCGUCGUCCGUAAACUUUUACUUUAAAUGACAUCUCCUCAUAAACCACUAAGCCAAUUUCAUCCAAACUUCACAGGAAUGUUCCUUUGGUGGUCACCUUUGAAAAUUGUUCAAAGAAUUUAAUUCCAUGCAGAACUCUGGUUGCCAUGGCAACCAAAAGAAAAAACUUAAAAUAUCUUCUUCUAAAAAUCCCAAAGAGCUAGAGCUUAGAUAUCUGGCAUGAAACAUCUUCUAGUGAGUGUCUACCAAGUUUGUUCAAAUAAAAGCCCUGGGGUCAAAAUUGGCCCCGCCCCAGGGGGUCAUUGAUUUUCCCUAUAUGUAUAAAGAAAAAACUUUAAAAAAUCAUCUUUUAAAGAACCCAAAGAGCUAGAGCUAAGAUAUUUAGCAUGAAACAUGUUCUAAUGGGUGUCUACCAAGUUUGUUCAAAUAAAAGCUCUGGGGUCAAAAUUGGCUCCGCCCCAGGGGGUCAUUGAUUUUUCCUAUAUACAUUAUAGUAAAAACUUAAAAAUCUUCUUUUAAAGAACCCAAAGAGCUAGAGCUUAGAUGUUUAGCAUGAAACAUGUUUUAAUGGAUGUCUACCAAGUUUGUGAAAAUAAGAGCCCUGGGGUCAAAAUUGGCCCCGCCCCAGGGGGUCAUUGAUUUUCCCUAUAUGAAUAUAGUAAAAACUUAAAAAUCUUCUUUUAAAGAACCCAAAGAGCUAGAGCUAACAUAUUUAGCAUGAAACAUGUUUUAAUGGAUGUCUACCAAGUUUGUUCAAAUAAGAGCCCUGGGGUCAAAAUUGGCCCCGCCCCGGGGGACAUUGAUUUUCCUUAUAUGUGUACAGCAAAAACUUAAAAAUCUUCUUCGAAAAAACCCGAAUAGCUAGAGUGUAGAUAUUAAGCAUGAAACAUCUUCUAGUAAGUGCCUACAAAGAUUGUACAAAUAAAAGCCCUGGGGUCAAAACUGGCCCUGCUCUAGGGGUGUAAUUGUUUUUAAAUAUAUGUGUAAAGAAAAAACUUAAAAAAUCUUCUUUUAAAAAACCCAACAAGCUAGACCUUAGAUGUUUAGCAUGAAACAUCUUCUAAUGGGUGUCUACCAAGUUUGUUCAAAUAAAAGCCCUGGGGUUUAAACUGGACCCGCUCCGGGGUGAGCGAUUUCAGGGCCAUCAUGGCCCUCUUGUUUUAUUAUAAUUAUGCGUGUACUUUGUGGUCCUUCUGGAUAUGUUAUAUAUAUGAUACAAAUUUUAUAAGCAGUAAAACCUAAAUUUUCA